GUGGCGGUCGUUUAUGAGCUGGUCGUGUUGGGAAUUGGUAUGGCCGAGGAUUCGCAGUUUUUUCCCUCACCAUCGAGCGAGUAGUGAUUGGUGGUAAUUUUUAAUCGAAACUGUGAGAAAAUAUGUACUUGGCGAUAAUUUCCUGAGUGGCAAAAGAGGGUAGAAAACAUCCACGGAAGACGAACUGUGCUGUCUCAAAUGAACCACAACUUGCGGCUCUCAGCGGGUAAACUAGAUGGCAAACGUACCAAAGACUCGAUGUCGUCAUCUAGCUUGUCAGGCACGUCUCAGCUUUCAAGUAGCAGCGAUGAAGUCCUGGAACCGCUUGUACACAAGUCUCAUAAUAUCAUUAAAAAGUCUGAAAGCACAACAAAAGACAAAGACAACAACGAAUGGCUGCUAACUGGAUCUGGAGGAGGCAAGCCGCCGGUACUGCGAUUCAAGUGCUCCGCGUUAGCCACACCACCAGAGGAUCCACCAGGAAAACAACUACAUAUGACCUACAAGAUCUUUCAAACUGAUACGAAACUCAUCAGUUUACUACUUCAGUCACAUGGCCUUGCUGAGGUUUCUAUGACUGACCAAAAUUUCAACAUUUUAUGGAUGGGCAAUCAUCCAAAGCCAGAUGUUCUUCGUAAUCUGACACCGCACCAAAAAGUAAAUCACUUUCCAAGAUCUUACGAAAUCACGCGAAAGGACCGUCUUUAUAAAAAUAUCGAGGCAAUGCAGAGGAGCAAAGGUGCGAGGAACUUAGAUUUCAUCCCACAAACCUUUCUCUUGCCCAGCGAAUCGAGGGAGUUAUUAACCGCGCAUUUCAGGUAUCGCGGCCCUUGGAUUGUGAAGCCUAAAGCGAGUUCUCGUGGCCGCGGUAUUUACAUUGUUAACAGUCCAGAAAAAAUUAUCAUCGACGAAUCAGUUAUCGUUGCUCAGUACAUAAACAACCCGCUUUUAGUCGAUGGGCAUAAAUGUGAUUUGCGGCUGUAUGUCGCUGUGACGAGUUACGAUCCACUUUUGAUAUACCUUUAUGAAGAAGGACUAGUCAGGUUUGCCACUGUCAAGUACGAUGGCGGACAUCAAUAUGUGUGGAAUCCAUGUAUGCAUCUUUGCAACUAUAGCAUCAACAAAUUCCACGUAGAUUACAUAAAGAGUGAAGAUCCAGAUGCCGAAGAUGUUGGUCACAAAUGGACACUCUCAGCAUUGUUACGACAUCUUCGAUCCAUGGGACAAGACACAGAACUAUUGAUGCAAAGAAUAGAGGAUGUCAUUGUCAAAUCUAUUUUAGCCACUGCAUCUGGAAUUGUCAGCGGAGUGAAGCAAUUCGUCAAACAUCCAGAUACUUGUUUCGAAUUAUUUGGGUUUGAUAUCUUAAUUGACGACACCUUGAAACCUUGGCUACUUGAGGUCAACCUCACUCCGUCUCUAGGUUGUGAUUCCCCAUUGGACGUGAGAUUGAAAUCUGCAUUAAUGGCAGAUUUACUCACGCUUGUAGGCAUUGCUGCUGUUGAUCCAAUAUUGAGGCCACAUAGUAACAACCAUCGAUCUAUUACGAAUCCUUCAAAAAAUAUGACUAGUUACAGGAGAGUCCACUCGGCUGAAAUGCUCAUGCAGAAGAAGAAAAAUGUAGCCAAAAAUAGUUUAAACAAAUCUGGUCUCACAGCUGAACAGCAAAGAAUAGUUGCAUCUGCUCGAGCACAGUUUGAACGAAGAGGUGGAUUUGUUCGUAUCUUCCCUAGUCCAAAAUCGUGGGAAAUCUAUUCUCAAUAUCUCGAUUCUGUCACAGGAAUACCAGUAGUAACAGACCCCUUGGGGCCAGGAAGGUUGCAACAGCAGGUUAAUACUAACUAUAAUUUAAUGCUACACGAACAAUUGUUCCCAGCUGCAUGCCGAACUACCGGAUUUAUUAUUCCAGAAGUGACAUUGGAUAGACUUUCAAGGUAUGAGAGAUAUGAAAGAGCUUUGGUGAAAGGCCAUAAACAGAGCUUGGAUCGCGGUGACAGCAAAGAAAACUUAGACGUGGACACACACAAGUACAAAGCACAAGUGAUGAAGCUUAUGGAAGAUGGAAAUAAACUCAGCUCAGGUGAAGCAAGAAAGGCUUUUGGAUUGUAUUUGGGAUGUAUUCUACGAAAAAUUUCUCAACCAAGUGCGGAUUCAGCCUGUUCUGAACUUGUCAUGAAAUUUCUUCAGCAAUCAGCCAGUAAUUUACGCACACCCUUCUUAUUUACUUUGCCAAGCAGUAAGCUUGGUGACAAAGAUCGUGCAGCUAUAACUGCAAAACAGUUGUCGGACUUCUUACAUCUAUACAACAGAGAAACAGAUUUAUAUGCAGAUACAGUGGAUCGCCCGCGAACAGUGCCUAAUAGAUUAUUUCAAAAGUUCCUUGCAACCGCUAGGGAAGAAGAUCUGGAUGAUGUACUAAUACUGCAAACACGACUGUAUAACUGCGCACACAGCUUUCUAGGCAGGAGUGGGUUUGCGGGAACUCUUCGUGGACCUAAUCUAUUAGGUUCUUUACCUCAUAUCACAUCACGGGUCCAUUCUAAUGCAGCCGGCACUGAGCAGUGUAAAUGUAACCAGCCUAUUAAUGGACUAAGUAAGCCUGCACGCUGAUGAAUGACAGUGGUAUCCAUCUACUGCGUUCAUAUCCUUCUAGGUCAAUUUUUAAAGUUAUUAGACAUAUUUAUUGUAUUAUCGAUAUCCGUACAAUGCGGCUCAAAAAAGCACAGUGCAUUAAAAAAAUAAUCGACGUAGGCUUGAGAAAAUUGUGACAAUACAUUACUAGAAUCUGCCAUGCUUACUUUACUACUGGAAAAAUCUUUUUCACUAAUGUAAUUGUAUUUUGAUCUUGAAAACAUAUCCAGAGUUUAGUAUAACACGUCUCAAACUUGACAUAACUGCCUUCAUAUCAUGUUUGUAGUUAUAUACUGAUGCAAUUAUCUCUUGGCCUUCUACGUGAUUGUUUUGAAAAUGAGAUUUAGUUAUUGUGCUUUAUUGCCUCGAAAAUAAUAUUUGUAAAACGGCUUCAAGCUAAUUAUAAACCCAAUGCUGAAUUCAAAAUAUUUAAAUGCACAUAAUACACAUGGUAAUUAAUAGCUUUAUUGAAAAAGUGUACACUCACAAUUCCGUACCAAUAUGCAAUGAAGAUAUUUUGAAACUGCUUUCUUCGACUAUGCUGUCAUAGAUAAUUACCCGGAGAAGAGAUAUUAAUCUCUAUUUAUACCGGAAUAUUUGUUAUUGUUUCUUCAAUUAAUUAAUUGAUAAUUGGCCUCGCGUCUAAAACAAACUGGCGUUCAAUAUUCAGCUGAAUGUUUGACUGACAUUUAAUUAAAUAAUAACUGUUUUGAAAAAUUACUGCCGGUUAAUAGAGGAGCUAAAUUUUUACGUCAGUUGCUGUUGCCACAAUAAGAUAAUAAUUGUUGUACAUGGCCCGCUGGAUUGGUCAGCUUUUAGACAUCGAAAUUCAUAUACUUCAUAUGAUUUCCGAAAUAUUGUUUUUGUGUGCAAACGGAUUAAAGCUUUGUUAUUUCUGACUCUACAGGUAUUGAAAACAAUUUGGACACCAAUUAAUGUUUUUUUUUUUCAACCAAAGGUUUCCUUUGUCAGCAGGAGUAUCGGAUAUGCAUACGUAUAGAUUUAAUGAAAUUUAUUACUACGAUGACAAGUCAAGAGAAAGGAAUGGAAUCGCUACUUAAUAUAUUUGAAAACAGAUAGUCAUUUUCGUUAGGAAAUGUGUGUUAGUAAUAACAACAGAAAGCGUUAUUAUAAUAUAAACACAAGCGAACUUAAUAGUAAUAUAUUUAAAUUGAAAUGAUGUUGCAGUUACCGUGUCGACAAGAUGGACUUUCGAAAACAGUAGAAAUAAUCGAAGUAUGAGUUACACAGGCCAUGACCAAUUCAUGGAAUUGGCAGGCCCCAAUCCAAGAGUUCGUAUCAAAUGCCAUCUUGCGCAGUAUUCGUAUCCAUCCACUUUAUGCCGUGUAUAUUAUCCUAAUCGAGCACAAAAUGAUGUAACAUUGGAAAUGUUGUGUUUUUUAAUUUAUAUAGGUCCUGAUGAUAUGCUCAUGUCUGUUAGUUAUUUAUAAUUUAUUCUUGAUGCAAAUAUUCUUCAGACUUUUUUACAUCUGCAUCAAGAUUUUCUUUGAAUUUAAGUAGGUUUUGGCUCGUAUUUUAAUCGAAUCAAGUAAGUAUAUCUCGAAAGGUAUAUCAUCGAUCGAUAAAGCUUUAGGUGAUUCUGAUUUAUUAGAUGUUUAUUUAAGAUGUUAUAGAAAUAUUUAUUGAAUGUCAGUUAUAAGUAGUAUAAAUAAUACAUAACACAAAAAAGGUAUUUUCUAUUCAAGUUUCACAAUGAUGCCUAAUGGUUUGCUAAAUACGUACAAGUAAAAUUUUUUAAUUCUAUCUAUGUGUACACAUUUAUAAUUUUAUACUAUUUGAAUUGAAUGUAAUACAGCAGCUGUAUAUUAAGAAAAAUGACAUAUGGGGUAGUCCACGUCAACUUGAACGGGAUCCGAUCCUCACCCCUUUAGAUUUGCCCACCAAUUAAUCGUGAUAUUCUAUCCACUGUGACAAAUUUUAUGAAUUAUUACACUUGGUUGUCAGUCUUAGUUUCGAAGCUACCGAAUUUGGACAUUGUGUAAUCAAAUUUUUUAAACGAUCGUACUUUGAAAUUAAAAGGUUGUACGGUAAAAAUUCAAUACCACAAAAAAAAAACGGCCUUUCAUCUCAUCCAUGCGAAUAAAUUUUUACAAUCUUUUGGAACUAUAGAAUAGAUCUUUAUAAACAAAACAAAUAAAAAAUCUGAUUUUGCAAACAACUACAUUUUUCAAAUUUACAUAUUUCUAUAUGAAAUUCUGUGACUGGACCUGAAACUUUCAAUACUUUGUACGAGAUGGUUUGGGCCUCUGUUUAGAAGUUACAGGGUUUUAAGAACGAUCGAAAACUUGCAAUACUUGGAAUAAAUACUAGAGAAAAAAUCGACAGUUUAUAAUAUAUUAGGUAUAAUAUAUUUAUUUCAUAAAUUAAUUUACCAAUUGUUGAAAUUGAAUUAAAUUAUUUUAUGUGGUAAACUGAAUCAUGAAUUAUUAAUUUUAUAAUUUACUUUCAUAAAUAAAUAUAAUAUAAUAUAAAUCGUAGAUUUUUCAAUACAUUUACUAAAAUUCACUAAAGAAUUCAUUUCUUCAAGAAUUGAAAGUCCUCAUCUGUUUUUAAAAUGUUGGAUUUUGUAAAUAAAGACUCAAACCAUCUUUUUUUUAAACGGAUUUUAUAAUUAUGUUUUCAUAAUCGUCUGUUCUAUUAGUCCAUGAAUUUGUAAAAAUUUAUUCAUAUAGGUGGGAUAACCAGCGAACGUUCUUGUGGCCAACAGUUUUACCGUACAACCCUUUAAUUCUGAAAUACAAUCGUUUUAGAAAUUUAUAUAUCAAAAAGUUGUAAUUCAGUAUCUCCGAAACGGAGGUUGACAAAAAUCUUUAAUAGAGGUGGACUAUAUAAAGCUGAGGCUAUCAUAUAAGUAACAUAUAAGUUAGCAGUCAAACGUGUUAAAUUUUUUGAAAGUAGAAAAAUGCAUUUUAGAUUUAUUCUCAUAAUUCCAUAAAAGUAUGGAGAGCUCAAGUAUUUCACAAAAUUUUGACUUUCGGGCUUCACUGCCUUAUUUCAAUGAAUAUUACAACGUUUGGCUGUUACUUAUGGUUGCCAGCUUCAGCCUCGUGUAGACUACCCCGUAUGUAAUUGUAACAGCUUGCAAUACCUACGAAUGAAAAUAAUAACUCUAACAUAUUUGAGUGAUUAUUUUGUUUUUAUUAUUAGUUAGAGUACUUAUUUCUCACCAUUAAUUGAAGAAACUGAGGUCACUUAAAUUUUGUAACGAAAGAUGAGAGAAAACGUAUUGAAAAUCUCUGAUUUUACAACGUGUGUUUGAUAAACACAAUCCAACAUACGGGUUCUUUUUAUUCUUAUUACUUGGAAACCCACCAAAGGAAGACUUUGACAGCACACUCGGAUUGUGGAAGAAGGCACCAUCGUAUUCUGUUAUAUUCGGUUGUUUGCAAAUACUGUUUUUAAGUUUCUGAAAUAAAAUUUCAUAUGUAUGGAGCAAAAUUUUUUAAACAAAACUUCGUUGCUACAGUUCAUGGCUAGCCCGUUUAUGUUAAUCUUACCUGUACCGAAAUGUGAAAACAUUUCGAUAUCGCUUUGGGAAUUAGUUAAUUGUAGCAUGUGUUUUGACACAUUGAGUGGGUUCACUUACUGAUGGAUUUUGUCUGAAACAAUUAUAAAGUAUUCUACAAAUUUCGCCAUUCGAUAUUUGAGAUACCUGCAAAUCAUUGCCUUCGCAUGUUCAUAGAUUGAAAUGUGUAAGAAAAAAUAGAAAAAAGACUAUCUUAGCUGUUAGUAUAUAUUGCUGUUCUUUGAAUAUCCACAGAGGGAACACAACCUCAUCUAAUUUUGAUAUCAAUAUCCUGUUUGCUUGGUGCAGCUAGCACUUGUGUAUUAUUACCAAGAUGUACAUUGUCAUUGUACUUAAGAGUUUUGUAUUGUCGUAAAUUUUAAGCAAUUUAUAACAUUUAUAUUGUAUUGUAUUGUAUGCAAAUUCUGCUGACUGUCACGAAAAAAAAAAAAAAUACAUCCAAAGAGAAUGUUCUUCAAUGAGGUCAAGUAAUUUCAUUUUUAUUAUUU